CGCGCUCGGCGAGUGGCGGAGGUUGAAGAUGGCGAGUGCGGGGCUCAGCUGCUCUCCGAAUGUCAGGGCGUCCAUGGCGACCGAGGAUCCGGCUUUCGCCCCUCUCGAAGGCGGUCGGCAGGAGGAAGGCGAGCUCGCCGUGCCCCGCUGGGGCCCUCAGCAUCCCGGGGCUAAAGAGCUGGCGCAGUUGUACUCUCCCAUGAAACGAUUCCAGGAAUGGUUGUGUGUUAUUUUAAACAUUACUCUCAUGAAUUACAACUUGUAUCAUCUGGUCAUAAACUUCAGUUGGGACCACAUUCAUCUGAUUCUUAUUGGAAUUGUUGCAGGGAUGGUUACUGCUGACUUUGCUUCAGGAUUGGUCCACUGGGGAGCAGACACCUGGGGUUCUGUUGAUCUUCCUAUACUUGGCAAGGCUUUCAUUAGGCCAUUCAGAGAACAUCAUAUUGACCCCACUGCUAUAACAAGACAUGAUUUCGUAGAAACAAAUGGUGAUAACUGCAUGCUUACUGUGAUUCCCCUGGCUCACAUGGCAUACAAGUUUCUUACUCUGUCCCCAGAGGCCAUCUAUGCUAUUUAUCCUUGGGAAUGCUAUAUCUUUUCUCUUGGAUUAUUUGUGACACUGACGAACCAAAUUCACAAGUGGUCUCAUACAUAUUUUGGAUUGCCUUCAUGGGUCUGCUUUUUGCAGGAGUGGCAUGUCAUUUUACCACGAAAACAUCAUCGCAUUCAUCAUGUAUCUCCACAUGAAACCUACUUCUGUAUUACCACAGCUGUAACAGUUCCACGUAAUUUUCGCCUUUUGGAAGAACUAGAAGAUGGCCAGAAGGGAGCAAGUGAUGGGACAGUAAGUUGGGGACUUGAAGAUGACGAAGAUAUGACACUUACGAGGUGGACAGGGAUGAUUGUUGGACCUGCCAGAACAAUUUAUGAAAAUCGAAUAUACAGCCUUAAAAUAGACUGUGGACCUAGAUAUCCAGAGGUAGCUCCACAUGUUAGAUUUGUAACGAAAAUAAAUAUGAAUGGAGUAAAUAGUUCCAAUGGAACGGUGGAUCCAAAAAGCAUAUCAGUUCUAGGUAAAUGGCAGAAUUCAUAUAGUAUCAAAAUUAUUCUGACGGAGCUUCGGCGUCAAAUGAUGUGUAAAGAAAAUGGGAAACUUGCUCAGCCCCCUGAAGGACAAAGUUACAGCAAUUAAUCUGGAAUCGUUCCUCCCUCAAUUCAAGCUUACUUCAUUUUCCACCGUACCGUAGUAAUUUUUUUUCUAGGCGCAUCUUGUAGAUCUCAAAGUACUGGAAAAAGAAUAAUUCCCAUUAAAAAAGCAAUUAAUCUUAAUACUGUAAAUGUAAGCCAAUACUAAUUGUUUUUGUUGGACAAAAGUUGUAUGAUAACACAAAUAAUCUUGCGCGUAACCACUGUCUACACAGUAGAAUUUUUGUUGUCAGGAAUUAUCUAUUGAAAUUAGUACUGUUGAGACCAGUGUGGCACAUUUAGCUAAAGCUGUGAAUAUGCACAUCACACAGACACUUGCUGCAGGUUUGCCCUUUAAAUUAUUGUCCCUUUGCAAUAGUAUUAAAGCUCAGGGCUAUUUAUUAGAGUCCAAACACAAAGGUUGGAAUGAUCAGUACAGUAUUGUUUUCUGGUCUCCAUCUGCCAAUGGGAUUUAUCUUACUUUCAGAGCCAACUUUUCCUUUGUGCUGUCUCUAGUAAAUGCUGAACACGGCUGAUGUAUUUUGGACCACUAACCUUAGUUUGCUGUAUUGUGGAUGCAAGCUACGUGUAUAACUAUUUGGUGCGUCCAGAAAUUUUUUGACAUUCAUAUUUGUACAAAGCCACAUUUUAAAGCAGCAGAUAUCAUCACAACUCUUAAACAGCCAUUGUUUCCAUUAAAAGCAUAUUUUGUUGAAAAAUGUUUAAGAUAUUAGAUGUAUGGAUAUAACAGUCUCGGAAAUUAAAGAAUUUAACAUAACUUAAUGGUAUUCUAUUGAUAGCCUUUUAUUGUGUCAACCUAAUUUUGAAAUAUUAAAAUUGUGAAUUAAGGGUAAUACAUGGAUUAUAUUUAAGCUAAAUUGUAAAUGCAUUAGCUUUGUUUGAAUCAGAAGUACAAGGGCAUAUAAAAUGAAAGACAAAAACAUCUUAAAUUCAUCAUUUAAGCUUUUUCUUGUACUUUCUAGUGGACUUAAUACUAGUGUCUUGUACUGCACUUAAGGCAAUUGUAAUAGAAAUAAGGCAUUUAAAAUAUAUAUUUGGAUAUGUUUGCGCUACUUGUAUCUUUUGGAAGUUUGUCUGCAUUAGUUGCAGAAUUUGAAUUGGUUUCUGUAUUCCUGCUGAACAGCAGUUCAAUAACUUGGAGCAAUUGCUUUGUUUCUGGGACUUCAGCUAAUAAGAUAAAACUCAUUGACCAUUGCACAAUGUGGCUUGAUUUAUAUGAAAGCACAAUCUGGUUCUCCGAGCUUGAAUCCACAAACUGGACUGCUUUUUCUUUGUUUUAAUUGAUAAUCAUGACUAGGAAUAGAAAAUGUUGCAGUAGUCCAUCUAAGGGUGUACUGCUGUUGGCCCAUGUAUUAUUCAGGUGAAAGCUUUUUGGUCCCCUAGUGUCCACAUCUACUACCACCCCUAUUUCCACUUCUGGUUUUCCUUAGUGCAGAUGUCAUCCUUCCAAGUUGAAUUGCAAGAUUAUUCUGGUUUUUGAUCUGCACUGUAUGACAAACUUCCUGUCAUCUGUUUCUGUGCUGAAAUUUUUUUUAAUGCUACCCCAGAUUCUAAGUCUUACCACAAUUCCCCUGCAGUGACACUUCUUCAGACAAAAAAAAGGCAACAAUGUUGAUAACUUCCUCUUUUAAAUCAGAGAUAAAAAUUGGAAGCCAGUGUUCACCAUGCAGCCCAUUGACCCUGCUUUGUCAUUUGGUAAAUGCUACAUUAGUCCUGCUUUCCCGUCCUGUCCUCAUUGUUUGCCUUUGAUAUCUGUUUUUAAAAAAAAUUAUUGAUCUCAUUCUUGUAUAGAUUAGUUGCCCUUAAGGAAUGAAAAUCCAAAAAGUACAUGUCUUCUGAAUGAAGAAAUUUCAUCUCCUCUUAGUCCUCAAUAGGCAAGCUCUUAUUCUGAGAAUAUUAUUGCAAAUCUUAGUUUUUUCAGUUGGGUAAAUCAGCUUCUCAGCAUUUACUUUGUUAAGCCUUAUAUAAUCAUGAAGUUGGCUGUUAUUAAGUUAGGAAAAACAUUUUAAUGUGUUUUUAAGGGUUUUUACAUUGAGAAUUUCUUCUAGAGAUCUUUGUAUUCACAAUGAUGAGUGAAUUUUCUGCCCAGUACCUAAGUAAAUGGAGAAAUCUGGAGGUGAAAUAAAACCUUUUACUGUAUACUCCAGCUACUGAAAUUUUACAGCUUCUUCCAAAAGUCUGCAAAAUAAAUUAUGUAAUCCUAUAAGGCAGGCUGGAGUUUUGGACCAGCAAGUGUUUUAUUUGCAUAGGGCAAAAGAAUGAGCAAUAAAAAGUGACAGGUGAAAAACAGACUUGCCUGUCUCAAUUUUCAAUGCAACUCUUGUUCAAACAUAAACAUUAAUAUUAAAAUGUGAACUUGUCAGUAACCUGGAGAAUAUUUCUCAGCUGUAGCUCCUGCUUGGCUCAUCAUUUUAAAGAUGUUCAUUUGACUAUAAGAUUGUAAGCAAUUGUAUCGAAUAAUUCCAGGUGAAAUGCGUUUGUUUCCCCCCCCCCCCCAAAAAAUGAAAUCUGAUCUUUGAAGUAUCCGUAAAUGAAAGAUGUAGCAGUUUUCAUUAUUGCAUUUGUUCAAAUAAUUAAUCACUGAAUAGUACAUGCAUUAAAAGUGGCAAAAGAUAUUUGCGCAUAUUGUCCCUGGGUUGAUUAACCAAUUAAAUGUUUUGUACCACUGUGUGGGCUACAGCAACUAGCACCUUUUUGGAAUCCUUUCCAAGAAACAUACCUAGUAAUGCAAAGUGCAGUUUAAAUUUCAGUGGUUGUUCCUUUUUUAGUUGUUGCCUGACGUGCCUAGGUGUAUUUUAUGCCAGGGCUGGUAAACAAGAUGUUCUAUUAUAUAGCACUGAGUAUACAAUGUUCAACAUAAAUUCCAUUCUUUUUUUUCUGAAACCUGUUCUUGAAAUAUUCAGGCCUGAUUUUGAACUUGGGCAAUUCAUUUCCUUGUGUAUAUUUUGCCAAGCAGUUGGACCUUGGCUGAUUUGUGUCUCAACCCUCAACAUGCAUGGAAGAAAUUAUUAAUAUAUUUUGAAGUUUUCCAUUAAUUUUAAAUGUCUUGGAGCACAGGGCAGUCUAUAUCUUAAUGUAGAAAUCUUGUAUUUGUUAGUCCAUUAAAUACUUCAAACUCUCCCUGAAACCCCACACAGUAAAUAAGAAUAAAUCAUAGUUCCUAGAUUAUCUUUGUUUCCCUAUUCCAUGCUGCAUUCUGACAAUCUGCCCUCUUACUUUGAUAUGAUUCUCUCUACCUGCCUGUCCUACACCAUCUUUAUGCUGUCACACUGGUUUAUUCCUACUUACAAAGCAUUCAUUAGAAAUUAGAAGGAAAUUUAUUUCUCCUCUGUGUUUUCCAUUGAUAACCCUUUAACAUAAGGAAAUACCAGAGAGUAAAGUAAGAUUUUUAAAGAAUAAAAUUUGAAUACAAUGCUGGGAAGUUUUUAAAAAGAAAUGCCAUUAAAUUGAUGUACACCGGAAAGGAACUGGAUAUUUGAUAAUCAAGAAAGCUUCUUGGCAAUUUUCCAUAACUAGGAUGGUACAUAUGAAGGCCAUAUGAGAAAAACCAAGGUGGGUUCCCGUAGCCUCAGUUCCAGCCUACCCCAACAUUUCAUCUGGAAGCACAUCAAGGUUACUGCAGUUAAUUAGUACUUCUAGGAUGUGAAGAUAAAUUGAUUUGGGCUCCUAGAUUGAUUGUCUUUCAUAUUUCACUUUACAAAUUGGAUGAAGACAGCAUUAAACUCAGCACUACCUAGUCUUCGUUUAAUUGAUUUUUCUUAAGUUUUAAUUUCUAGUUUCAUUAAUGCAUAUGCUUAACCAAAGUGUGACAAAGCAAUUUGCAUAAAACAGGCAUGUUGCUGAACAUUAACCCUGUGAAACAUGAGCUGUGUUCAGUGGGAAGUGGACGCGAUGUGCAUUGUUUAAAACAUCAACUUGCAGUAGGAUGGCGAACAUGCAGUUUUAUAAAGGGUGUCGAGUGAAAUAAAAAUCUAAUGGGCUACUGUUCAGUGGUGGCUUCAGAAGUCAAAUAUAUUUAUUACAUCAGGUUUUGAAUAAUUUUCAAAUCAUGAUUCCAUUUUUCUGUAAUGAGGAUUUCAAAUGCUCCUUUGCAUAUGUGAAAAUCUAUAUAAUCAAAUGCCUUGCACAUUGCAUCUCAAAUGCAUUGGCAAGAAAUGCUAAUGGUAGUUAUUCCUUUUCCUCUAUGAACACUUGUGCCAGGUAAUUAAAGCUGUGGCUAAUUCCAACCUUUUCGUAUAAUUUUCAAAUGGCAAUGUUCCUUUGCAUACUGAUAUCUAUAUAAUUGAAUGCCUUGCAUGUAGUAUGUAGAAUGUAUGACACUUCAAACUGUCAAACCAUACAAAGUGCAUGUGAUACUUCUGAUUAACUCACAUUCACUUAAUCACUAUCAAGAGUGAUACUGAUUACCAGAAAUAAAUUUUAUUUGAAGGUAUGAUUGACAUUUUAGUUUAGUUCUGAAAGUUAUUUUAAAAUUUUGCAUUAAGGCAUCUGUAUUUUCAUUCAUGCAUUACUUAGUAUGAGGUGCAGUAGCAUCUCCAUUUAUAUUUGGUACUUAUAGCAUCUACAGUUUUCAUAGGAGUCCCUUUUAAGGCUUUCAAAUGGCGGUAUUGUAGUUGUGGGAGCAAGAAUUAAACCACAUUGUAAAUGCACCUUGUAAGUCUGCUUGCUGAGUCUUAAUACCAAUGUGGAACUGCUUGGGGAUGACUGGGGAUACUUGUGUAUGCUUCCAAUAUUGUGCAGUGGAGUCUGCCAUAUUGUUGUUUCAUCUUGAGCAAUUUCAUGUAGAGGUGGUUUGAAUACUUGAGAUACAGUGG